AUGAGCGACUGGGACACCGUCACCAAGAUUGGCAGCAAGACCCGCGGCGGUGCUGCGCCGCGCGAGACCACCAUCAAGGGCAAGAGCGCUUUGAACGCCGCUCAGCGCUCCGGUGCAGUCCUCGGUUCCGAGAAGAAGUACACCACCGGCAAUAUCGCCGCUAAGGCCGGUGCCCCCGACGGCCAGCACCUCACCAAGGUCGACCGCAGCGACGACAUCAUCAAGCCCAAGACCGUUGGUCUCGCUGUUGCUGACGCUAUCAAGAGGCGCCGUACCGAGGAGGGCUACAAGAUGACCCAGAAGGAGCUCGCCACCAAAUGCAACACCACCAUGACCGUUGUGCAAGACUUCGAACGCGGCACCGCCACGCCCGACCAGAAGGUACUCAGUGCCAUGGAGCGUGUGCUCAACGUCAAGCUCCGUGGGUCUGACAUCGGUAAAGAAAAGUUCCCCAAGAAGAAAUAA